AUGUCUAAACAACUUCCGACAAUAAACUUUAUUAAUUUCAAUCAAACAGGGACCUGCAUAUCCGUGGCUACAUCAAGAGGGUUCAAGAUCUUUAAUUGUGAUCCUUUUGGUAAAUUCUACUCCGAGGAAAAUGGUAGUUAUUCCAUAGUAGAAAUGUUGUUCUCUACAUCAUUACUAGCACUAGUAGGAAGUGGAGAUCAGCCAGCUUUUUCGCCAAGAAGAUUACAAAUAAUAAACACAAAGAAACAUUCGAUGAUAUGCGAAGUGACGUUCCCAACAUCCAUACUCUCAGUGAAAAUGAACAAAUCCAGGUUAGCUGUGGUACUACAGGAACGAAUUUAUAUAUAUGAUAUUAGUAAUAUGCGACUACUUCAUACUUUAGAAACGCAUUCGAAUCCCGAAGGGUUAGUUACCAUGUCUCCAUGUUUAGAGAGAAAUUACCUGGCGUACCCGUUACAUCCACAGAUAAUUGAUUCUGAGAUUAAAACUAAUGCCACAACGAAUAAUAUUGCCAUUGCCACUGGAGGUAGAAAUGUUCAAGGAAAUUAUGUCUUGCCAAAUGCAAAGAAUCCAGAUGAUGCUGUCGAUGAUGAAGAUGAUAAUGAUGAUGAUGAUAAUAAUAAUAAUAAUAAUAAUAAUAACACCAAGGAUCAAAUAAGGCAAGGACAGUCAGUUCGUCGAUCUUCAACUAAUGAAGAAGAUAUGAAUGAACAACGUGUACAUGGCAACAAUAUCUCCAAGAAUGGUGAUAUAAUUAUUUUCAAUUUAACUACUCUACAACCUUUGAUGGUAAUUGAGGCGCAUCAAGGUGACAUUGCUGCAUUACAAAUAAGUUCAGAUGGAACAUUAUUGGCCACGGCAUCUGAGAAAGGGACUAUUAUUAGAGUAUUUAACGUGGAGACAGGAGUAAAAUUGUAUCAAUUUAGGCGAGGUACUUAUCCAACAACAAUUUAUUCUAUGUGCUUUGACGAAAAUAAUGAUUUCUUAGCUGUUACCUGCUCUAGUAAGACUGUCCAUGUUUUCAAAUUGGGGGCCAAAAAUAUUUUAACUUCUGAUAAAAAUGAGGAAGAUAGUAACAUUGAAGUUGAAGAGGACGAAAUCAGAAAUGAAGUUGCUGAAAAUGACGAUGGAGAUGGAACUUUGGGGCUAGAUGAAGAUAGAGUCAGUUUAGAGACACUUGAGGAUCUCAAUCAGAUUGAACCAUCCCGAUCCAAGGAACCCUUUGUGGAUGCUUCGAGAAAGACAAUGGGAAGGAUGAUUAGAAACUCAUCUCAAAAACUAUCACGCAGGGCUGCCAAGACUUUGGGACAAAUAUUUCCCAUCAAGAUGACAUCCAUACUGGAACCAUCAAGACACUUCGCGUCUUUAAAACUUCCCAUCGAAAGCAGUAGCAACAUUAAGAGUAUCACAAGCAUAGGAUCACCCAUUGACAUCGAUUUAUUAGAUUACCCCGAGUUAUUUGACCAAGACAAUGAUAUCACAGAGAGGAAGACUUCUCAGACGCAAUUGAAAGUUAAGAUGAUUCCAAUUCGAGUUAUUUCAUCCGAAGGCUCAUUAUAUAAUUAUGUACUGGACCCUGAGCGUGGCGGUGACUGUCUCUUACUUUCCCAGUACUCUCUCCUUCUCGCUUAA